CACCUUCUUCUCCAACACCAAAAACCCAAACCUCCAAAAAAAAAAAAAAAAAAACCUUUCAAUCCCGCCGAAAUCUCACAUCCCGGGGAGGUUCUCGAUCGUCACACCACCGUUUUCUAGUCACUAAAACCCUCCAAAAUCACUUAGAAUCUCCUCAAACUCAAAAAAUCAGAAUGCAGAAAGUGGUGCAACAACCAAGGGUUUCUGGUAACGGAGUCAGUCGUCGGAGAGGUGAUUCUCAGGGGAGUGGAGUGGUGGAGGAUGGUAGUAAUGUACAGUUUCCGAAAUCAGUAAACCCUAGUAACAAUUCUACUACCACUGAAGGUGGUCGUGAUGGUGGUAAAAUUGGACAUGAUAGACUUAUUUAUGUGGUUACAUGUUUAAUUGGACAACAAGUGGAAGUUUAUGUCAAGAAUGGGUCUGUAUUUUCUGGAAUUUUUCAUUCGACUAAUGCUGCUUCCGACGACAAAGAUUUCGGUAUAAUUCUGAAAAUGGCUCGAUUGGUAAAAGAUGGGUCAUGCGAAGGACAGAAUUUUGAUCCUGAUAUCAUUACAGUACCUCCUUCGAAGACUUUAAUAAUACCUGCUACAGAGCUUGUGCAAGUUUUAGCAAAGGAUGUGUCUGUUACUGGGAAUGAUGUGGAAAAAGGACUCCAAGGUGAAAAACGGCAGGAUAUAAUGAUUGAUUCCUCAAUAUCUAAGUUACAUUUGGCUGGGAAAGGGAGACAACUCGAGCGCUGGAUCCCUGAAGAUAAUGAUUCCCGGUGUCCUGAUCUUGAGAAUGUCUUUGAUGCCACUGACAAUAGGAAAUGGGAUCAGUUCGAAAUUAAUAAAACAUUAUUUGGAGUGGAGAGUACCUUUGAUGAAGAAAUUUAUACCACAAAGCUUGUGAAAGGUCCGCAAAUGAAGGAGCUAGAAAGGGAAGCAUUAAGAAUAGCAAAAGAAAUCGAGGCCGAGGACACUCAAGAUCUUCACUUGGCAGAGGAAAGAGGCAUUCACUUUCAUGAUGAUUGCAAUAUCGAUGAGGAGACUAGAUACUCAUCAGUGUUCAGAGGUCACGAUGAUAGCGGAUGGGAAGAAGCAGAUGAGAUUAAUUUGGAUUCACUAAAUAAUGAAACAUUUGGAGGUUCUUCUAGCUCUGUAAUUAGCAAGUCUUCUGAUAUGGUGAGAGGAAAAAAUAAUGAUGGAGCUACAGCGUCAUCAGAGGUAAGAAAUAAUAAAGAAUCGUCCUCCCACCAUAACAGACACCGCGAUCAUCCCUGGUUGAGAUUUAGUGAUCAAGCAAGACAAGAUAAGGAGAGAAGGAUGAAAGAGAACCAGUCAGGAGAGCAUCAUCAGGAAGACAAAUGUAAACUGAAGACUACAGGACAGGGAACUCUCGCGGAAGCGGCUCAAACGUUGAACUCUGCUGUUAUGCAAUCAUCCUUGGAGAAGAAAAAAAUUACUCCUGACAACGAGAGUUUAUCUUCCAGUACCAAGGAAAAUUCACCUUCAUGUUGUACUUCCUCCUCUAAGGAAAGAAUGGUUUCUUCAAGUGAGUUUUCAGAAUCAAGGGGACCUGGCAAAGCACAUGGUUCCCGUCCCUGGAAAAAAUCUGGUAGUUCUAUAUCAUCAACUUCAGAUUGUAUUGCUGCUGUGCCUACUUCUAGUAGUCCGGGUUUGUCUCCAAGCUCUUCAAUAAGCUCGUUAUCAUCAGAGAAAUCGAAGUUGAAUCCUUUUGCUAGGGAGUUCAAGCUGAAUCCAAAUGCAAAGAGUUUCACUCCUACGCCAACCCCAUUGAGGCCUCCUUCGCCAGUUGCUGAUGUUCCAUACUAUUUUCCAACUAUUCCUUCUGCUGUCCAAUAUAUGCACGGCCUACCAGUUGGCCUUGGGAUUGGACCAGUAUUUACUGCACCACUGCCAGUUAUGUACGGUUUUCAGGCUGCACCAGUCCAAGCUCCCCAAGCAUUUGUCCAUCCAACUGGACCUCCCCCUGUGUAUGUGCAGCAGACGAGUCUUAGCCAUUCAAGACAAGGUCUAAACAUGCCCACCUAUCCUCAUGAAAUGACGUCUAAGCGAAGAGAUUCUUGAUUCCUUAGUUGGCAUGCUAAUACCAUUUGCUCGCGCAAUGUCCUGGUGGUUUUCGUUGGUAGAAAAACUUCAGGAACAUAGUUAUAUUGACUGUAAGGCUGUGUCAGCCUUUUACUGUAGGACAAUAGCCUGAUCUUGAGCCCAUGCUUGUUGCAUAUGUAUAUAAAUUAGAGCAAUAUCCUAAAUCGUCUUAGGUCUUUUGUCUCCCAUCUUAUCCCUGUCUCUCAUCUCUCUUUUGUCUCCCAUCUUGGGUCGUUGUUGGAUGGUUCCUGGAUUUUGACCAGGUGAUGUGGUCGGGACUCAGCCCUUUGACAGUUAAAGACCAAUUUGACCUAACUAUUUUUUUUUAUCUUUAUAUAAUCUUCUUAUAUAGUACAUUAUUAAUUAA